AUGGGUGCUGCUAUAUCUUUACCUUUGAUGCCCAUAUCAUCUUUGGCAUCAUGUUUUGGAGCAGCUGCUUGUUCUGCUUUUUGUACAUCAAUAGGUGGAACUUUUAAAUCAUCAAUAAUGACAAGAAUAACAUAUGCAAUAAUAUUAUUAAUAAAUUCAUUAUUAUCUUGGAUUGCAUUAUCACCAUUUAUAAUUCAUAAAUUAGAAAAAGCAACUUUUGGAUUUAUAAAUAAUAGAUGUGGACCUGAUGGAAGUCAAUGUAUUAGUUUUACAUCAGUUCAUAGAAUUAAUUUUGCCCUUGGAAUAUUACAUUUAAUAUUAGCUGGUUUAUUAAUAAAUGUAAAAUCUACAACAAAUCCAAGAGCAAUAAUACAAAAUGGAUGUUGGAGAAUUAAAAUAUUAGCUUGGAUAUCUUUUAUUAUAAUAAAUUUUAUUUUAAUACCUGAUGGAUUUUUUGUAUUUUAUGGUAAUCAUAUUGCAAUAAUUUUUUCGACAAUUUUUUUGGGGAUAGGAUUAAUUUUAUUAGUUGAUUUUGCUCAUGCUUGGGCUGAAAAAUGUUUAGAAAAAAUUGAAAUGGAAGAAUUAACUGGUGAAGGAGAUGCAGGAUUUUGGAAAAAAUUAUUAAUUGGUGGAACUUUAACUAUGUAUAUUUCAAGUAUUGUAUUAACAAUAUUAAUGUAUUGGUUUUUUGCUGGUAAGGGAUGUUCAAUGAAUAAAACAGCAAUUAGUUUGAAUUUAGUUUUUGCUAUAAUUAUAUCAGGAUUAUCAAUUCAUAAUACUGUACAAGAAUAUAAUCCACAUGCUGGUUUGGCACAAUCUUCAAUGGUUGUAUUUUAUUGUUCUUAUUUAGUUAUGAGUGCUGUUGCUUCAGAACCUGAUGAUAAAUAUUGUAAUCCAUUAAUUAGAUCAAAGGGUACAAGAACAGCAAGUGUAAUAUUAGGAGCUUUUUUCACAUUUUUAGCAGUUGCUUAUACUACUACAAGAGCUGCUGCAAAUUCAGCUUUUAGUUCGGAUUCAAUUGAAGAAUUCACUGCAUCAGGAAUAACAUCAACUCAACCUACUGGAAGAAAUGAAAUGAGAUAUCAAGCUUUAAAACAAGCAGUAGAUGAAGGUUCAUUACCAGAAAGUGCAUUAAAUCAAUCAGAUUUAUAUGAUGAUGAAAAUUCAAAUGAUGAGGAAAGAUCAACUGUAAAAUAUAAUUAUUCUUUAUUUCAUAUAAUAUUUUUUUUAGCAACUCAAUAUGUUGCAACAUUAUUAACAAUAAAUGUUAAACAAGAUGAUUAUGGUGAUUUUGUACCAGUUGGUAGAACUUAUUUUGCAAGUUGGGUUAAAAUAGUAAGUUCUUGGGUUUGUUUUAUAUUAUAUGGUUGGAGCCUAAUUGCUCCAGUGAUUUGGCCCGAUAGAUUUGUAAGUAUUUGA